UUCAGCAUGCACGUGGAGAAUCAGACUCGUGAACGAGACCCGGUGAGCCGACGACAACCCCGAGUCUACCAGCUCUACAGUCGCACCAGCUGCAAACAUGUACAAGUGCUUGGUCGCAGAAUCAGCGCUCGCGGAGAGGAUGGUGAUAAAUUCGCCCAGCUCGUAGUGGAGGCAGACACAUUUGGCAGCCAGGUGCGAAUCAGGGGGAGGGAGACCAACUACUACCUGUGUAUGAACCGCCGGGGAAAACUUGUAGGCAAGGCAAGUAAUCGCAGUGAGGACUGCGUCUUUGUUGAGAUGGUGCUGGAGAACAAUUACACCGCGCUGAUGUCAGCACGCUACAAAGACUGGUACGUGGGCUUCACCAAAAAGGGCCGCCCUCGUCGCGGCCCUCACACACUUCUCAACCAGCAGGAUGUUCAUUUCAUGAAGCGCAAUCCUCCAGGAGAGCAGCCGGACCACACGCCCUUCCGCUUCACCACCGUCAGCAAAAGGACCAAGAGAGUUCGUGCUGCGCGACCACGCUAAUUUAUGCGCCAGCAACGUUAACAGUCCACUGUUCUUCUGUGGUACCAUGCUAGUAUUCAUCAGGGCCUAGAAACAAAACAGUCCUAGACCACAGCCCGGUGAAUAAGACCAUGAUAAUGUAAAAUCAGGACCUGGAAACAAAUGACGUCUUAGACUUUAGCCCUAUAAAUGGGACCAUGGUAAUGUUUAAAUCAGGACCUGGUAAGAAAAGAGAUAUUAGACCACAGCUCUGUAA